UUCCAUUGGCUGGGGAUCAAGGAAAAAAGGAUUUAGCACUAUCACAUCUUCUUGUCAACAGAAAAAACGUCAGAAAGCAAAUUCAGUUGAUGUGGAGCAGAAGAGAAGAAAGAAGAAGGAGAGUGGCACUUCAUCCCCCUCUCCUAUUCCAUCUGACCGUUCUGAACAGAAUGGCUUCGCCACCUCUGACCCCUCACACUCUGACCAACUCUCCUCCCUCCAUCCACCUCCCUCUCCUGUUAAAUGUUCCUCUCAGCCUUGCUCUCCUGCUAAACAGCCCUCUGUACCCCGGUCACCUGCCAAACACCCUUCCCCAGUGAAAUCCUCUCCAGUGGUGUCCCAUCCUAGUUCUCCCACUCCUACCAACCCUCUGGACUGUCAUGGAGACACCAGCCAGGAGGGCGCAACAGUCAGACCUCUGUCUCUUCAGGAACACUCUAGUCCAAGGCCCCAGAGGCCAGUCUCAGCCACCAGAAGCAUGACUCUUCCCAGGGCCAGCUCAGCCACCAGAAGCAUGACUCUUCCCAGGACCAGCUCAGCCACCAGAAGCAUGACUCUUCCCAGGGCCAGCUCAGCCACCAGAAGCAUGACUCUUCCCAGGGCCAGCUCAGCCACCAGAAGCAUGACUCUUCCCAGGGCCAGCUCAGCCACCAGAGGGCCAGAAGAGACCCAGGGGGCCAGAGGAGAACGGGGGGCACUGGUCAACAUGGAACUUCUUGGGUUGCCUAACAUUGGCAACACUUGCUUCCUUAAUGCCACCCUGCAGUGCCUCCUGGUCCUGCCGUCCUUCUCAAAGGAAAUCCUGCACCAGGAACAACUCUGGAGCUCCUCCCCCUUCUCCAACCUGCUCAGGUGUCUGUCUGAUGUGCACCGUUUGAGUCUACCUGACAGUGGUGCAAACCAGGCCUCAAAAGCAGACCUCAUGUGGAAGGUCAAGUACUCCUUGUCGGGAUACGAUUUGAAGUAUCUGGGGGACACGCAACAGGACGCACACGAGUUACUUGUGAACAUGCUGUGCCAGCUGAAGGAGGAGGGCAUGAUACUGAAGACACUCGGGGUGAACUAUUCCUGCCCUGUUUCUCAGCUGGAGUUCCAGCUUGUGUCGGUGCGCACAUGUACCAGCUGUGGGCGCGAGUCGUCCACCAGAGAGGACUACAACCACCUCUCAUUGGACUUCAGCCCUGAGCGCACCUUGCUGAGCAGCCUAGCACUCACUUUCAAAGGUGAAAAGGUUGAAUUCACAUGUGAGGGUUGUAAAGGUCUCCACGCCUUAAAGGUGGAGCAGUUCCACACACUGCCUCUUGUGCUGGUUCUGCAUCUGAAGAGGUUUGGAGGACCUGGGGGGUUGGAGAAGCUGGAGGCUCCUCUUUUGUUUCCUUCGGAGCUGAGGCUCUCCACCCUCUGUGGGGACAUGGUGCCACACCUGCACAGUGCCAGCCCACAGGCCCUCACCAACCAGGCCCCCAGCAUCCAGGGGUCCAUCCCCCAGACCCUCGCCAGCCUAGUCUCCAGCCCACCUGGAGAGGCCAAAGACGGCGCCCUCUGCUGUUCAGAAGCAGCAGCCAGUGCAGUCAGUGAAUGGUUACUACCAGCUGACUGGCGUAGUCUCUCAUCUGGGAGGCUCCGCAAACUCUGGGCACUACAUUAGUGACAUCUUGCAUGCCAGUGGAAACUGGUUCUGCUGUAACGACAGCCAGGUGUCAAUGUCCAAUGAAGCCACUGUGCUGAGGACCAGAGCCCAGAGUGCCUACAUGCUCUUCUAUAUGUUCAGGUACUGCUUACUCUCGCCAUCUAUGUUCUUGUGUUGCUAUUUAUGUGUACGGUUCCUUUCACCCUACAGGGCAAGAGAGCGGAAGGCCCCAGCACACAGGGCCUAACAGGGGCACCAGCACCAGCCCCAGCCUAAACAGGGGCAGCACCUGGACAGCCUCAAAACACUCAGACCUGCCUCAACAGUGGUAGUACCAGAACCAGCAUAAACAGGGGUAGUACCAGGCCCAGCCUCAAAACCCCCAGCCCAGCCUCAACAAAAGCAGCAUUUGGACCAUUUAACACCCCCAGCCCAGUCUCAACAUGGGAAGAACCAGGCCCAGUCUCAACACACUCAGCCCAGUCUCAACAUGGGAAGAACCAGGCCCAGUCUCAACACACUCAGCCCAGUCUCAACAUGGGAAGAACCAGGCCCAGUCUCAACACACUCAGCCCAGUCUCAACAUGGGAAGAACCAGGCCCAGUCUCAACAUAGGCAGAACAAGACCCAGCCCCAACAACCUCAGACCUGCCUCAACAGGUGCAGCACUUGGCCCAGCUCCAAUCAUGCGGCUCAAGGGAGACUUGCUCUUCAACACUAGCAUCAACAUUCUUUCAGUAGCUUAUGUCAUAAAUACCUGCCCUUGAUUUGACUGCUUCACCUAAUGUAUAAAGCUCAUGUAAGAAAACGUAUAAAGUAUACACACUAAAUGUAGUACACAUGUAAAUGUGUUGGAUAGAGUGUGUGAUUAUUUAGAGGGUACAUCAUCCCUUCUAUUUGGUUUGGUUGAAAUCCUCCUGUUGUGAAAUACACUGUGGUGUAUAACCUUAUUCAGCAUGGUCACACCGGAGGACCUGCAAUAUUCAACAUUGAUCCAUGUCGGGAGAUGACUUGUGCAUGCCAUGCAAUU